CGUGGCACAAAAGUGAAGAGACUCGUCGUCGCCAUGGCGUUGGACUUAAACAACACGUAACUCGGAUGCGUUGAACUCCUGUGCCAAGUGUCCUACUGGUGGAUUAUUCUCCUUCUUAUUCGUGUUCCUGUUCUUUGACGGCGAUGACGACGGCGGCUGUGGCGACGUUCUCCCUCAGCAUCAUGACGCUGGUGCUGUCCAACUUGGAGCCGUCCAGAGGCAGCAACCGGCAUGCGGUGUACUGGAACAGCUCCAACCUGCUCUUGCGUCGGGAGGGCUACACGGUGCAGGUGAGCGUCAACGACUACCUGGACAUCUACUGCCCGCACUACAGCACCAGCCUGCGGGGGACGCUGGAGCGCAGCGUGGCCGAGCAGUACAUCCUGUACAUGGUCAGCUACCUCGGCUACCUGACCUGCGACCCGCGGCUCGGCUUCAAGCGCUGGGAGUGCAACCGGCCGCACGCGCCGCACGCGCCCAUCAAGUUCUCCGAGAAGUUCCAGCGCUACAGCGCCUUCUCGCUGGGCUACGAGUUUACCGUGGGACAAGAAUACUACUACAUAUCCACGCCCACUCACCACCACCACGGCCACAGCUGCCUGAGGAUGAGGGUCUACGUCUGUUGCUCGACCGUCUCCCAUUCGGACGACGACUCCGGGCAGACGUCCAGCGUCUACACGGUGAGGCCGGGUAUCAAGAUAAACAACAUCGAUGAGAUUAACCCCGAAGUUCCCAAGCUGGAGAAGAGCGUGAGCGGCAGCAGCCCGUCGCGCGACCGCCUCCUGCUCACCGUGGCCGCCAUGCUGCUCGCCAGCGCCACCCUGCUGUCCUAGCGAGCCGGGAGGUUGGGAGGGACGCGUCGUGAAAUCCAAAUAAACAGACAGACAAGUGUUUUUUUUUUUCUUUUUUUUCCCCCCUCCUUCUCUUGUGGUCACGUGACAUGGUGCCGGACGCAGACGUUGCUAGCAUUGGGAUGGAUUGAGGAUGUUUGCGAUUUAUGGGAUAGUGCUGGAUGCAGACGGUGCACCCGCAUGCAGAUGCCGGUGCCGGAUUCAGACAACGGUGCCGGAUGCAGACUGUGCUAGCGUUGGGAUGGAUGAAGAAUCUUAAUGAUUUUUUUGGGCUAGUGUCAGAUGUGGAAAACCAUGCCGGAUGCAGACAAUGCUAGACUCAAGAUGAAUUUUUACGAUUUAUGGGAAGAUGCAGGAUGCAGUCAAAUGGUGCCAGAUGAAGGCAGUGCUAGCAUUGGGGUGGAUUAGGUAUGUGUCCAGUUUAGGUAAUGGUGUAGGAUGCAGAAAACCAUGCCGGAUGCGGAAAGCUGUGCCGAACGCAGACAAUGCCAGCAUCGGGAUGGAUUAAUAAUAUUUAUGGUACGGUUCCGGAUGCGGACAAUGCUAGCAUCGAUAUGGAAUUGGGGAUGUUUUGGACCGCGACGACUGCCAAAGUGCAGGACCGUGAUGAUGGAAGAUUUCUUUGAAAAAAAUGGGGUGAUAUCCACCCUCUCUCUUUUUUCCCCCCGAUAUUUAAUUUCUUAGAGGCUAGCGAGCGCUGUCGUAGUCCUUUCUGCCUGUUUCCUGCCUUCACAACUCAAGAACACUUUGGAUGAUGGCACUUACGUCGCCGCGGUGCAGUAGAUGUGCUUGAUAACGUGUUUGGUCGCAGCACCGUCUUUUCGGAAUGUUCCGCCCUGUUUACUUAACCCGGUCCUACUCUUGCCGACAAAGGAGUAGGGCCACACUGAAAAGAAGUCAAACCAAAAUCAUAUGAUCAUUGGGGACAUUUUACAAGAAAAAAAAAAAACAUUGCUGGGCGUAAAAAAUACAAUACAAUCAUGAUUUUAGAGCAGACUUGUUAUAUUAUAAAUCUGGGAAAUCGUGAGGAAAAAAAGUUGGAAUUCUAAGAAGUUCAAGUCGCAGUACUGAAAGAAAACAUAAGUCAAAUCUUAAUAUAUUACAAAAAAAAAAAAAGAUUUUAUGGGUAAAAGGUAAAAAGGUAACUAAUCUGAAGAAUACAACCAUAAAAUUAUGAGAAAAACAAGACAUGUUAAAAGAAUGCAGAAAAGUGCUGUUCAUACAUAAAAUUAAAUAUAAAACACAAGUAAAAUAUUCCUUUAUACUAAAAUAUACAAAUAUAAUGUAAUAUUUAUUUAAUAGUUUAUUUAAAUAUUUAAAAAUAAUGUUGAAAAAAACCCUAAAAGCAGUCAGAAACACUGAACCACUUCUGCAGCGCCUCUACUGUGUCUUUAGACCAAACUGUCACAGUCCUCAUGAGAGUGAAGCCGUAUAAAUUCAAGAAAAAGCUCGUCGGUCAUAAAGUGCUGUGCGAUUACGGAAAAAAAAAAAAAAAAUAACAAUAACAACAUUAAUAGGGGGGGGAAAAAAACAUCACAAUUCUAUGAGAAUAAUGUCGUCGUGUUACAAGAAAAUGUUUUCUCGUAGUGUCCCAACUUUGUUCUCGUAACUUGCAGUCGUAGUUUUACAACUUCUUUUCAGUGCGGCCCAUUAACCCUCCACUUUGUACCCGCCUACAAAGAUGCUCGGCCGAUCAACCCUUUGAUGGCCGGUUGCCGUGGAAACCAACCCAUCAUCCAGCCUGAGGAGAUUUUACUUUGUAUUAUUUGACUGGCAAAAGAAAAGCUUCGGCUCUUGCGUGAAUGUGCAAAAAUUAGGGAGGAAAAUAGCUGUCAAUUUAAUUUAUUGAAAAUGUGUUAUUAUUUAUGAUUCACUUAAUUUAUGAUCCUCGUGAGUGUUCACAUGCUACGUAGGCCUUUUGUGCAACGAGCUACUGUGCCGUUUUAUGUCAAACUUUGGGGGAUUAUGAUUAUUAUUGAUAUUUUUUUACUGCACAGGCAUCAUCAUUGUGUACUGAGCGUGUGUGUGCGCGCUCGAAUGCACGUCCACGCUUUUUCCAGUUUGUGGCACUUAGGAAUUUGUUAAAGAGUCGUUUGUAGAAUCUUAAUAUGCAAUCGAAAGAA